CCGUCAUGUGACUGCUGCGUCACGUGAUCACCGCAUCAUGUGAUUGGAGCCGUUCCUGGCCCUCGAGGACUUGCUGUAUCAUGUCGAACGAAACACUCUAACACUGGAACAAAAACAUGGGUUCACGGCGUACGUGUGUCCGGAUAGUACCCCGCCGAAUGCUCCCUCGGAUAAUAACGCUACUUGCUCUGCUCGCCAUCACCGUCAGGGCUGAGAACAGUCCGUGGUACCAGGAACUGUGCAGUUACAAUUGGGAGGCCAUAGACCAGGACAACAACGUGGAAUACAUCCUGAGGCUGUGCAGCUCAACCCCCAGCACAAAAUGCGGGGACGCUAGCAGUGUCUGUGCCUAUGAUCUCACCAACAAUAAGUACCAGUCUGUGGGUGAUCAGCUCAAUCAAAGCUUGUCCGGGAAAGUUCUGGAUUUUCGUUCCUCUCAGAAGUGCCCCGGCAGCAAGCAGACGGUUCGGAGCAGCAUCAGCUUCCAGUGCGGAAAGACGCUGGGGACGCCGGAGUUCGUUACUGUGUCUGAAUGCGUGCACUAUUUUGAGUGGAGGACCUACGUGGCCUGCAAGAGGGACACAUUCAAGCCACACAGAGAGGUCCCUUGCUAUGUCUUUGACACUGACGGGAAGAAGCACGACCUCAGUCCCCUCAUCAAGCUCACCGACGGUUACCUGGUGGAUGACUUAGAUGAGACCUUCGACUUGUACAUCAACAUCUGCCGCAGCAUCACCCGAGCAGGAAGCACCUGCCCGGAAGAUUCCGCCGCCUGCCUGGACAUGGGGAAGGCCUCCUUCGGUGUGGGCCUUCCCAAGACGCCGCUGAGCCUGGUCUCCAGUGACAGGCUGAUGCUGCGCUACGAAUCGGGCAGCGCCAGCAAGCCGGACUUCUGCGGGGAGCACAGCCCUGCCGUCACCGUCACCUUCAUCUGUCCCUCGCAGAGGCAGGAGGCCACUGAGCCCAGGCUGACGACGAAAACCAACUGCAGGUAUGAGGUGGAGUGGGUGACAGAGUACGCCUGUCACAGGGACUACCUAGAGAGCCACAGCUGUUCCCUGACCAGCGAGCAGCACGACAUCUCCAUUGACCUGAGUCCUCUGACGGUCUCGGGUCUCAACCAGCCGUACUACACGACGUCAGGCAAUUACACGUAUUACCUGAACGUCUGUGGGGAGGUCAAGGCGGGCGGCUGUUCGAGUCCGAACAAUUACGUGUCGGCCUGUCAGGUCAAGAACACCGGGGAGGUGGCAAAGGUCGCCGGGACGUACCAGAAUCAGACGCUGAGAUACUCGGAUGGGGAUCUCACCCUCAUUUACCCUGAGGGUAAUACCUGCAGCUCGGGGUUCCAGCGAAUGACUAUCAUCAACUUCGAGUGCAAUAAAACGGCAGGAAAUGACGGCAAAGGAUCGCCGGUGUUUACGGGGGAGAGUGACUGCACGUACUACUUCAACUGGCAGACGAUGUACGCGUGUGUCAAGGAAAAGGAAGACCUCAUCUGCUCAGUGUCUGGCGGCAAAGAGCACUACAACUUGUCACCUCUCCUGCGGUCCCCGGAGUCCGAGGGAGUCCAGAACUGGGAGGCACUUGAGAGUGGCGUCCCAGAGUCGGACGGCAGGCGAUUCUACAUCAACGUGUGCCACCGGGUCCUCCAGCAGGGGGCAGCGUCGGGCUGUCCUGAGGACGCUGCCAUCUGUGCCCGCCGCGGAAAGGAAAAAACCACCAGUUUGGGCAAAUUCCUGUCUGCCCCCCAAAAGAGGGAUAAAAGUAUUUAUCUGGUGUACACCGAGGGCGACAUCUGUACCGGGAAAAAGAAGAUAACAACCACCAUUAUUCUGUUCUGCAAACCAGGUGACCUGGAGAGCCCCCCCCAGCUGCGCAGUGUGUCUGCCGACGGCUGUGAGUACGAGUUUGAGUGGCAAACGGCCGCCGCCUGCGUCCGGUCCGAGGCAGAGGGUGACGGCUGCCAGGUGUCGGAUCCUCAGGCCGGCUUUUCUUUUGACCUCUCACCUUUGACCAAGCACGGUGACGUCUACAACACCUCCGACGGGGACUACACCUACUUUCUCAACAUCUGUCAAAACGUCUCUGUCCCAUCCUGUCCCAAAAACGCGGGGGCCUGCCAGGUAGACAAAAGCGGGAAGUCGUGGAGUCUUGGGGAGUUCAACUCUAAGCUGUCCUACUACGACGGCAUGAUCAAGCUGACCUAUCAGAACGGCUCCCAGUACAACGACGAGAAGCACACACGCCGGUCAGCACUCAUCUCCUUCCUCUGCGACCACCAAGCGGGAGUAGGCCAGCCCGAGUUUCAGGUGGAGGAUUUGUUCACUUACAACUUCAAGUGGUACACCUCGUACGCCUGCCCGGAGAAGGUCAUCGAGUGCCUGGUGACGGACCCAAACACCCUGCAGCAGUAUGACCUAUCCAGCUUGUCCAGGGCUGAGGGCUUUGGUGCCAAGAACUGGCAGACCUUCGAUGCGGCGACUAACAGGAAGUACUACAUCAACGUGUGCCGUCCCCUGAGUGCCGUGCCGGGCUGCGACCGCUCCGCCUCCGUCUGCGAGGCGCGGUGCGAGUCGCAGGAGGGUGCUGAGACGGAGAGCGUGUCCAUCAGCAACCUGGGCGUGGCGGAGAAAGGCCCCGUGUUUCUGGGCAAGGAGCAGCUCCUGCUGGAGUACACAGGAGGCUCCGCCUGCGUGUUCGCGGGUCAGAAGGCCAACUACACCACCCGCAUCCACCUGCUGUGCCUCAGAGGCGAGCGGUCUUCUAGGCCGCGUUUCAUCAUGAUCCAGAACUGCACUGCUACCUUCCUGUGGUACACCGAGGCAGCGUGUCCCAUCUCCACCACGGAGAUCAAAAACCAGCCUAAGACACUCGUAGGCGUGGAGAAAUCCCUUCAGUUCUCCAGCGAUGGCCAGCUGACCCUCAUCUAUAAGGGGCACAUGGAUAUACCUACAGGAACCAAAGACACUUUCACCAUCAGUUUUGUGUGCGACCAGAACGUGAGCCCCGGGAUUCUGAGUUUCGUCCGGGAGGAAAUGAACACCGGCGAACACGUGACCCACGAUGUCCUGUUUGAGUUCCGGACCAGCCUCGUCUGCUUACCCGCCCCUGUGGACUGCCACGUCAACGAUCACCACGGCAACGAGUAUGACCUGGGUGACCUCAGCCGAAGCGACAGGCCCUGGGUGGCCGUGGACACCUCUGCGCAGGCGCAGUCGCAGAGGUUCUACAUCAACGUCUGCAAGCCGCUGCCUCGGGUAGACGGCUGCUCCGGGGGAGCCCUGGGCGCCUGUGGCAAGCUGGGUGACAAGUUUGUGAACCUGGGCUUCAUGCAGUCCAGCCCCCAGGUCGCUCCGGAUGGCUCCAUCACAGUGGUUUACCUGAACGGGGAUCCGUGUGAUAACAGCCAUUACUCCACCCGCAUAAUCUUCGAGUGCGACAGCAGCCCCGGCUCUCCCAUGUUUGCUCGGAAGGAUGGCUGCGAGUUUGUCUUCAUGUGGAGAACGUCAGAGGCUUGUCCCAUCCAUAGGGUUCAGGGUGAGAACUGCCAGGUUCAGGACCCCAGGACCGGCCACAUGUUUAACUUGACGGCUCUCUCUGUGAGGGAUUAUGAGGUGAAGAGCGGGAAGUAUGAAUACCACCUGGGGGUAUGCAAGGGUGUCCAGCAGAGCAUCUGCUCGCACAAGGACCCAGGAGGUGACAACGUGUCGUCCUGUCAGGUGGAGGGGAGCACUCACAAAAUCGCAGGAUUAACCACACAGAAUAUCACCUAUGACGAUGGGCUUCUAAUGAUUAACUAUAAUCAAGGAGAUGUAUGCCACAAGAUCUUCCAGCGCUCUACAACCAUUUUCUUCAUCUGUGACCACAGCCAGAGCAUUGGGAGCCCGGAGUUUAUCAAGGAGACCGAUGACUGCGUAUACCUCUUUCAGUGGCAUACCGCUCUAGCCUGUCUGCCUUUCAAGACCACCAGCUGUACCUACAACGAUGGCAAAGGCAACUCGUACGAUCUGUCAGCUCUCUCCAUGUCCCGCGACAACUGGGUGGUAGAGACAGGAACGGAAGAAGACCAGCAGCAAUACUACGUCAACGUGUGCAAGUCCCUGGUCCCGCAGAGUGGUGACUGGGGUUGCCCGUCCACGGCGGCGUCCUGCAUGAAAAGCGGGAAGGACUACAUGAGCCUCGGUGAGGCUGAGUCUGGUCCCUACUGGGAGGACAAUGCUCUGGUGCUGCACUACACCAGUGGAUCGCCGUGUCCGGACAGACAGAGGAACCGAACCACCUUCAUCAACUUCCGGUGUAACCCGGACAAAGUGGAAUCCAUGCCCAUGCUGGUGAAGGCCAUCGAGGAGUGCACCUAUACCAUUGUGUGGCCGAGUGCUGCUGCCUGCCCACUAAAGAGCAGUAGCCAUGGGGACUGUGUGGUCACCAACCCACUUACGGGAUACCUCUUCAACCUGAGCAGCUUAAACCAGAGAGGUGGAUACCGGGUCUACGACAACGUGGACCAGAGGAAGAUCUACCACCUGAACGUGUGUGGCGAGCUGGAAGGGUCCUGGUGUGAAAACGGCACUGCCGUCUGCAUGAGGGACAACCAGGCAGCCCGGAGCGUCGGCAUGGUGAACCGCACCCUGUCCUACCAGGACCAGGUGGUGCAGCUGACUUACGAGAAUGGGGCUCCGUGCGAGGCCAACGGCACCCUCCAGCACAAGAGCGUCAUCAGCUUUAUCUGCAAGUCCUCCACGCCGGGGGUGGGGGACAGGGGCCCGGUGCUGGUGGACUUCGACCCCGGCACAUGUGUCCACUUCUUCUCCUGGCACACCUCUCUGGUCUGCGAGCAGAAGGUCAGGUGCUCUGUAAGGAACGGGACGUCCGUCAUCGACCUGAGCCCUCUGAUCCAUAGGACAGGCUUCCAUCGGGCCAUUGAUGUGGCCCUGGGUAAGGAUCACUCCCCCGACUUCUACAUCAACAUCUGCGAGUCGCUGAACCCCAUCCCCGGAGUGAACUGUCCGCCUGGGGCUGCCAUUUGCAUGGACCCUGAUAACGGCCCCCCCGUGGACAUCGGCCGCAUCACAGGCCCACCAGUCCUGAGCAACAACGAGGUGUCCAUCUCCUUCAACAGCUCCACCCCCUGCUCCUCCAACUCCGAUGCCAAUUACAGCUCCAUCAUCAAGUUCAUGUGCCAGCAAGGCACGGAACUGGGGACACCGCAGAUGAUCAGCCGAAUGGAGUGCCAGUACGUGUUCGAGUGGGCCACCCCGCUGGUGUGUCCCGAUACCGUCAGCGUGGAGGGAUGCACCCUCAAAGACCAGCGGCUGCAGUUCACCUUUGACCUCUCGUCACUCUCCGGGGCCGUUCAGAAGGUGUCCUCCGGCUCGGGGUUCUACUCCGUCAGCGUGUGCGGGACGGUGCCGGACAGCGAGUGCAAAGGCAGCGCCAUCUGUCUGCUGUCAGGAGGGUCUGCCUUUUCCUUCGGCUACCGCAAGGCCAUGAAGAUGGACUACAGGCACGAGGACGAAGCCAUCUUGGUGCAGUAUGGUGGCGGAGACGCCUGUCCUCCAGUGACCACCACAGGGACCAUGUGCAUGUUCCCCUUCACCUUCAUGAAGAAACAAUACAACCAGUGCACCACGGAAGGCAGGACCGACGGCAGGACAUGGUGUGCCACCACUAGCAACUACGACAAGGACAAGCAGUGGGGAUUCUGUGCCAGCGUGCACGAGACGCGGAACUCGUCCAUCCUGCUCACGUGCGACCGUUCAGCGGGACGCGGGACCCCCGAGCUGCUGAGCGAGACCCUUGGCUGCUACGCCACCUUCCAGUGGGCCACCGACGCCGUGUGCCCCCCCAGGAAGAUGGAGUGCAAGCUGGUGCACGAUCACCGCACGUACGACCUGCGCACCCUCUCCUCGCUCACCGGACCGUGGAAGUUCAGCCAGAAUGGUGACGCGUACUACCUGAACCUGUGCCAGGGGAUCCACGCCGGCCUGACAGACUGUCCAGCGGGGGCAGCGGUGUGCCGGCGAAAUCGAGGCGGCCAGACCCAGGUGCUGGGCCGUGUCCACACCCAGACCAUGGCCUUCGUGGAUGGCAAGAUCCAGGUCAACUACACCAACAAUGCCUCCGUCUGCAGAAACAGACAGCCCGCCAAGACCACCAUCCAGCUCAGCUGCGGCAGCACCGUCGGGAACCCCAGGCUGCUCCGGGUGGAUGAAGAGGCGUGCGAGUUCUGGGUGGUCUGGGAGACGCGGGCGGCGUGUGCAGCCACCGAGCGCGAGGUGGAGAUGGUCAACGGGACCAUCAAGGUCCCCGACACAGGGGUGACCUUCAGCCUCGGCGCCCUGUACUACAGGCUGCACCAGGCAUCCGGGGACAUCCGGUCCAACGGGGACACCUACACCUAUGACAUCCAGCUGUCGGGCAUCACCAAUGGGUCAUUCAACCAGUGUACCGGAGCCAACAUCUGCCAGGUGAAGAAGAACGCGCAGUACUGGCGGAAGAUCGGCUCGUCCCGCAACGUCAAAUACUUCAUCAAAGAUGGAAACUUGGACGUCCUUGUCACAUCAGAAUCCCAAUGCGGACGCGAUACGAACAAGACGGUCUCCUCUACCAUCCUCUUCCACUGCAGCCCCUCGGCUGGGGAGGGAAUCCCAGAAUUCCUCCUGGAGGCCGACGGCUGUCAGUACCUUUUCAUCUGGCACACGGCAGCCGUCUGCGCACUCUUUGAGGUAGAUAACAGCCAGCCUUCUGAGGAAGGGAAGGAGCACGUUGGCCUGUCCAGGCGCAGCCAGGCCCUGGGGGCUGUCCUCAGCCUCCUCCUCGUGGUUCUCACGGUUUGCCUGCUGAUCCUGCUUCUGCACAAGCGAGAGAGGAGGGAGCUGGUGCUGCAGAAAGUGACUGGAUGCUGCAAAAGGGGAAGCGACUUGUCCUAUAAGUACUCGAAGGUAAAUACAGAAGAGCUGGGCGGGGACGACGAGACAGAGUGGCUGAUGGAGGAGAUGGAGCCCGCAGAGUUAUCCUCACGGCGGGGAAAGGAGGUGCAGGAGAACGGUCACGUGACCACGCGGGCGGUGCACGCCGACGCACUGCGCUCGCUGUCACUGGACGAGCAGGACAGCGAGGACGAGGUGCUGACAGUGCCUGAGGUGCGCGUCCACGCCAGCAAGCCCGCAGCCCGACAGCAGCGUACCCGCCGGGCCCCAUUGCUGCGGGGGCCCGAGAGCGACGAGGACCUGGUGGGACUCCUGGAGGAGGACGAGCGGGUCGGGCGGGGCAAACGGCGGGAGAAGCCCCGCCGGAAGCGGGGGCCCAAUCCCACCUCCUUCCACGACGACAGCGACGAGGACCUCCUCAACGUUUGAAGCUCUCAGCUCCCGGGGGGCAUGAUAUACCCUGCUCCGCUCCGCACUCUCAAUACCCACCUUGGGGUUUUUUUUCUUUUUUUUUUUUAUUAAAAAAAAAAAAA